AUGAGUGUUCGAACCGACGCAAAGCAGCUCGCAGGGCAAUCUGAGAUCAUUCGCCUCCUAGAGGCUGACAAUAUACCAUGGUAUAAGAAGCCAAACCUGAGCUUUCUGUACCUCUGCCUUAUCCCUGCAGCACUCGGCGUCGGGAUGACCACUGGAUACGGCUCUGUUCUGAACGGGUUGCAGGCUGUUCCUUCAUGGCAGACCUGUUUUAACGCCCCUAAUGGGGCACUCCUCGGCGUGCUCAAUGCAUCCUAUAAUAUCGGAGGUCUCUUCAUUUUGCCCGUAAUCCCGUACGUCAACGAUUGGUUUGGCCGCAAGCAUAGCGACACAUUCGGUUCUAUUAUCCUCCUCAUCGGCGUCAUCCUGCAGUUUGCAUCUCAGAAUGUCGGCAUGUUUCUUGCAUCCCGACCUAUUCUCGGCACCAGUAUCCCAUUCGCCGUUUCAGGCGCUUCACAGCUCUUAGCCGAGUUAACCUACCCUCGCGAGCGCGCAGUUAUUACCGGUCUCUUUAACACGUCUUGGUUUAUCGGCGCCAUAAUGGCUGCAGGUGCACCCUCAAUCCUCAAGCUCAUUUUCAUCUGGUUCGUUCCCGAGUCUCCUCGGUGGCUCUUAUCGAAAGAUCGCGGUGAGGAGGCUUUCGAUAUCCUUGUCAUGUAUCAUGCCGAAGGAGACCGCAACUCCGCCUUCGUGAAUGCGGAGUUCCUCGAGAUCUCUGCCCAGCUCAAGAUGGAGAUUGAAAACUCCAAGUCGCGUUGGAUUGAACUGCUCCAGACUGCUGGGAACAGAAGAAGGACGGCUAUCGCCGUCUGUGUUGGUGUUUUUACUCAGUGGUCUGACAACGGGUUGGUGUCGUGA